AUGGGAUCUCACUUGAAGUUCCUCGCCAAGUCCGAGUUGGCCCUGGAUGCGCGGCGAGAGCAUCGGAUCAACGCCAACUCUUUCCAGCAAGAUGCCCUAACGACCUUUAAUGGAUGGCAGUAUACCUGCUUUUACACUCACAAAGAUGCAACAAGCAACGUCCUUUUCGUCAGCCUUGCCCGGCGACCCAUCCGCGACUCACUAGGCAGCUGGGAGACGUUGACGUUUGAGGACUACGAGCAGACGGCGGAUGAUGGGCACAACACUAUCUCGAUAGGAGUCUGUGCUGGAGAUGGCACUAUUCAUGUCUCCUUCGACCACCAUUGUGAUCCCCUGCGCUACCGCAUGUCAAUACCAGGCGUGGCGACAAAGCCGGAAGCUCACGAGUGGAAGACCUCACUUUUCAGUCCUACUCACAAUCAGCUCCCAGGAUACACACGCACAGGGCAGUUGGGAGUCGAGAAACUCUUCUUGGAGACGACAUACCCACGUUUUAUCCGCAUUGAUGACGACCUCCUACUGAGCUAUCGCAUUGGGAUUGCGGGAGCGGGCUCCGAUCACUUGUUUAAGUACAGCAGCAAGGACCAGUCAUACUCUUACGUCGGACAAUUCCUUACCGGCGUCAACAAUAAUCCGUACAUCAACGGCAUCUCAUAUGCCAACGGGCGCAUUCAUGUAUCUGGCACUUAUCGCGGUUUUGUAUGGUAUGAAGGUGUGGAUGACCCAGAGGCGCGGACGCACACUGUCCAAGCUGGACCGAAUGGACCAGAAAACAACCACAAUCUAUUCUAUGUGAACAGCGACGACGGUGGGAAAACAUUCAACAACACAAAGGGCGAAAGGCUAGCGAACCUCGAGGUAGGCGAGACGGUUUAUCCCGACAGCGAAGGACUCAUCGUCUUCGACAUCCCAAUGAACAACGGCAUCCUCAACCAGGAGGCGCAAGCGGCAGAUGACGAAGGCGGGUUCCACGUCCUGAACCGAGAAAACGAAGUCUGGAUACACUAUUACCGCAGCCCAGAGGGGCGAUGGAGCCGCCACGCGUUGCCCGCGGACCUGCAGCCGACGCGGACUGGAGCGCGCGGGGACGUCAUUGCUUUGCCGGGCAAGAAGACCGUCGUCUUUGCGCUGCCGGGGAAUCGAGACGAUAAGCUCACCGUUCUCGGCGCCAGGUUGCCCACUCAGGAUCAGACAGGGGCUGCGAAUGAGGAGGUCCCGCUGGAAUACCGCACGCUUUGGCAAGCGGAUGGGUUCUCCGGAGAGCCGCAGGUCGAGACGUUUGAAUCUGGGUCGCAGCAGGUGGUUUCGAUUUACACACGAACCGAGGAAAAGGAAAGAAAAGUGGUGGUGCUGGACUUUGCUUUGGAGAAGGACUUGUGA